CGGUUGUAAGCGGCCGCCUGCCCCUCCCGGACUGGGCCCUGCGCCCCCCCACCCCGCGCUCCGCGGCCCCCCGCCGCCGGGCCCGCCACCGCCAUGAAGAAAUUCUUGAAGGAGUUCAAGGCUGACAUCAAGUUCAAGAGCGCGGGGCCCGGUCAGAAGCUCACCGACGCGGUGGGGGAGAAGGCCCCUAAAGAAAAGCCCAGCCAGCCCGCCCUGAGGCAGCCCCGCCAGGGCCCCACCGACGAGGCCCAGAAGGCAGCUGCAGCCGCCCUGGCCCGGCUCGAGCAGAAGCAGCCCAGGGCCCGGGGCCCCACCUCGCAGGAGUCCAUCCGGAACCAGGUGAGAAAGGAACUUCAAGCUGAAGCGAUGGUCAGUGGGAACCCGGAGUCCCCAGGGACCAACAUGGUACCUGAGCCCAAGAAGGAAGGCUCAACUCGCCUGGCAGUGCCCGGAGUGUACUUCAUCUGCCCGCUCACAGGGGCCUCCCUGCGGAAAGACCAGCGGGACAUCUGCAUCAAGCAGGCCAUUCUCUCGCACUUUUCCACAGACCCGGUAGCUGCUUCCAUCAUGAAGAUCCACACGUUCAACAAGGACCGUGAGCGGGUGAAGCUGGGCGUGGACACCAUCGCCAAGUACCUGGACAACAUCCACUUGCACCCCGAGGAGGAGAAGUACCGCAAGAUCAAGCUGCAGAACAAGGUGUUCCAGGAGCGCAUCAACUGCCUGGAGGGCACCCACGAAUUUUUUGAGGCCAUCGGGUUCCAGAGGACGAUGCUCCCCGUUCCCGAUCAGGACGACCCGGAGGAGUUCUACGUGCUGAGCGCGGCCGCCCUGGGCCAGCCCCAGAGCCUGGAGAGGCACAAGGAACAGCUGCUGCGCGCCGAGCCCGUGCGGGCGCAGCUGGACCGGCAGCGCCGGGUCUUCCGGCCCUCGGCCCUGGCCUCGCAGUUCGACCUGCCGGGGGACUUCUUCAGCCUCACUGCGGAGGAGCUCCGGCGGGAGCAGAAGCUGCGGGCCGACGCGGUGGAGCGGCUGAGCAUGCUGCGGACCAAAGCCAUGCGGGAGAAGGAGGAGCAGAGAGAGCUGCGCAAGUACACCUACACGCUGCUGCGCGUCCGCUUCCCCGACGGCUGCCUCCUGCAGGGGACCUUCUACGCCAGGGAGCGGCUGUCGGCGCUCUACGCCUUCGUCCGGGAGGCCCUGCAGAGCGACUGGCUGCCGUUUGAGCUUCUGGCCUCCGGAGGGCAGAAGCUGUCGGAGGAGGAGGACUUGGCCUUCAACGAGUGCGGGCUGGGUCAUACCGAGGCAGAGGCACGGCUCGAGGUUCUGACCCCGCUCUGCUGCAGGUGCCCUCGGCCCUCCUGACCUUCUCAUGGGACAUGGCCGUCCUCGAGGACAUCAAGGCCGCGGGUGCUGAGCCGGACGUGAGCAUCCUGAAGCCCGAGCUCCUGGUGGCCAUCGAGAGGCUCUCAUGAAAUAAAAGCAGGGUUGGCUGCAGCCCCAGCGGGUCUCUGUGCGCCUCCUGCUUCCUGGCCCCUCCCCACCCACUGCCCCCUCCAGAAAUAGGGGUUCCAGCGCCCAGCAGGUGUGGGGAGGGGAGCAGCGAGCCCCAUCUCAGUGACCAGAGGGGGCCUGUGGCUGCCUGGUGAGGGCCCUUUGGGGGCUGCCUGUGCCACCUGCCUCAGUUGCAUCCACUCUGAGCCCUCUUGGCGCUGGGAACAUGUUUGGUGGGAACCCAAUGCCGUGGGCACUGCCCUGGCAGGAGGGGGCAGCAGGCCUCAGCACGGGGGUAGGGGAGCAGUUCCCCUGCUGUGGACGGAGGCAGUUCUGCGGGUGGCCGGUGGCUGUGGGCCACGGCAAAAGAGGGAGGUGCUGGCCUGUUAGUGCCCAGCUCUGUAAUAAUUAAACCACAAAUCUGAAUAGGACCUUUGAAUA